AAAUACUAGACUAAUAAAAGUGGCAAUUGAUAUGUUAAUUUUCUCAGUUAGUUCAAGUUCUUCAUCAUGUACGUGUAUUUAAUAUUUGUUUUAAUAGUUACUGUUGCUUUGGGAUCGAAAAUAAGCAAAAAUAAAGGCUAUGAUAACAAUAAACCGGUGAAAUGUGGUUAUAAUGAAGAAUAUGUGAAAUGCCAAACUGUAUGUCCGCCACAGUCCUGUGAUAUUGCUUAUACUGAGUACUUAUGUACCGCAAAGACAUGUGAACCUGGCUGCGACUGCAUUAAGGACCAUUUGAGAAAUGCCAGCAAUAUUUGUAUACCUAAUGAUCAAUGUCCCCCUCCAAAAAUCAUCACGCCAAAACCAGGUUGCGGACCAAAUGAAGUGCGCAGUAAUUGCAAGAUUGUAUGUCCACCACAAACAUGCGAGAGUAUCUUCAGAGCUUAUGCGUGUGAUGGUCCGCUACGCCCGUGUAUAGCUGGGUGUAAUUGUAUAGAUGGAUAUCUGAGAGAUGCAAAUAAUACUUGUAUACCGAACGAGCAGUGCCCUCCAGCUCCGUCCAAACCCUCAAAGCCAAAAUGUGGUCUAAAUGAAGUUUAUAGUGACUGCAAAAUUGAUUGUCCACCACAAACAUGCGAGAGUAUAUACACAUCAUACGCCUGUGAUGGUCCAGAACGCCCAUGUACAGUUGGAUAUAAUUGUAUAGAUGGUUAUCUGAGAGAUGCUAAUAAUACUUGUGUACCGAGUGAGCUUUGUCCACCAGCUCCAACCCAACCUACACAACCAGAAUGUGGUCUCGACGAGGUUUAUAGUGAUUGCAAGAUUGUGUGUCCACCACAAACAUGCGAAAGUAUCUUCAGAUCUUAUGCGUGUGAUGGUCCAGAACGCCCAUGUAUCACUGGGUGUAAUUGUAUAGAUGGAUAUCUGAGAGACGCUAAUAAUACUUGUAUUCCAAGCGACCAUUGUCCAACAGAACCUACCUUACCAACUAAACCACAAUGUGGUGAGAACGAAGUAGCUACGGAUUGCAAGAAAGUGUGUCCGCCACAAACUUGUACGAGCCUUUAUUCCAAAUUCGCAUGUAAAGAUACACCAUGUGAGUCUGGAUGCGAUUGUAUCGAUGGCUAUCUAAGAGACGCUAAUAACGUAUGCAUACCAAGUAAUAAAUGUCCAGGAGUUUCCAAUACCAUUUGUGGAGUAAAUGAAACAAUUGUGGACUGUGCGUUCCGGUGUCCAAACCAAAAUUGUCCAGUGGAUGACAGUCUCAUAGAGGUGGCAUGUAAGCCCGGUAGACCUUGCGCCUCUGGAUGUGCAUGCAAAGAUGGUUAUCGAAGAAAGAGUGAUGAUGACGACACGUGCGUUCUGGCAUCAGAUUGUCCUCGAAUAGAAUGUACAAGACCCAACGAAAUAUGGGAUUCUUGUUCCUCCGACAGUCUUCUUGAGAAAUGUGAAGAACUUAGCGAUCGCCAAAACGGAAUCCAAACGCAAAACUCUGAUUGUCGGCCAAGAUGUGUUUGUAAGAAGAAUUUCUGCAGAGAUAAGGAUGAUAUUUGUAAACCAAUAAAGGACUGCAUAAAAGGUCCAGAAACUCCAGUUAAACCAAAUUCUCCAAGCAGCAGUUAUUCAACUGCUCAUUCUCAAUCAAGCACUUCUAGUUCAUCAACCAAAACCUCAUCAAGUUCUACACCUUCUUCGUCUGCUUCUUCUGGAUCUACAGUUCCAAAUGGUCCAUAUUGUGAACCAACGUGUGCUGCACCUAAUCCUCCAAAUUGUCCAUUGAUAACAAAGAACAAAUCAAGCAAACAUGGCUCAUGUCAGAGUGGACACAUACUUUCGAAGAAAGGAGGAACAUGUAUAAAAAUAGAAGAUUGCCCGAAGGGCUGCAAUGGAGAUCCAAAUGCAAUAGCCAAGAUUUGCCCAGCAGGAUGCCCAUCCACUUGUGACAAGCCCAACGCUUUGCCGUGCUCAAAACAGUGCGAGCCACUGGGUUGUGAAUGUGCCUAUGGCUAUUUGCGUUCGAAAGUAAAUGGGAAAUGCAUUUCUUCACAGGAAUGUCCAGGAGGUAACCCUUGCAGUGUAAACGAAACCUUCGUACCUUGUAAAUCUGGUUGUCCUACUGACUAUUGUCCAACGGAUGAUAGCCGUGGGGUGGUUAUUUGUGAAACCUACCCAUUUUCUCCAUGCUUCUCUGGCUGCAUUUGCAAACUGAACCACAAGAGGCUGAGUACAAAGGAUGAUAGGUGUAUUGUAUCCUCGGAAUGCCCUCCUGUCAAUUGCACCAGACCAAAUGAAGAAUGGAACCCAUGCCCAUCUGAUUGCCAAAGCGAAUACUGCGACAGUGCGAACAAGGAACCAGUCACAUGUAACACUUUACUCCUAAACUGUCAACCGCGUUGCACAUGCAAGAAGAACCAUUAUAGAAAUACUGAUGAUAUUUGUAUACCAGCAAGUGAUUGUCCAAAAAAUGAAUAAAAUUAUGAAGUAGAUCUUUUGUUUGCUGUAAGUGACAAUACUGGAAUGCGCCAGUUAUCAAAUAAAAAAAUAAGACAAUAUUUAUAAUUGUAU